AUGGCCGACGCUCUUCUACGUGUCGCUACAGGCGUCUCGCCAGUAGCUGGUGCUGACAGGAGCCCCGAGCCAUACGCUCCCUACCAAUCACCCACGGAAUACACGCCUCCGACGUCUCCACAGCCACAGGUCCCAUAUGCAGCGAAGAGGGGAUUUGGAUCACAUCGGUCCAAGCACCCAGCUCAGCUUCAAAUGGACACAACAGACACGCCACCACACGAGCGCCCCGCCUACAGCUCGUCGCCUGCAGACAGCCCGACCCUUCCGCUUGCGGGCCUGCCUUCCCCCAAGUUCACCCAACGCCAGCGAGCUCCUUCCCUCCUUCGCCAUGCCGCUGUACCUCCCCCUCUCAACGACUUCCAAGCUGGAAUGGGACAGGGCCCAAUGUCUCCAAUAAUAGCUCCUGCAAUGGCUCGCCAGGACAGCGGCCCACGUUCGCCUGAUCUUCGCGCUAUUUUCAAUCCUCUGGCCAGCAAUCCUGUCAACUCAACCGGGCCAUCAUGGGACUCCUCCACCGAGGAUCUACCUGGAUCACCAGCUUCACCCUUCAGGCCUCGCGGAAUGACAAGCUCUUCGCAGCAGUCUUUCCAGCCCACUCCUCCUCUAAGAUCAGCAACAUCUAUCCCAGACUACGCGCAAUAUGGAGGCACCGGACGUGCUAAUCUGUCUGGCACCUACAAGCCAAACAGAGGCGCCCCCAAUUGGGCUCAUAACGAUUACUACCCUCCCCCACCUCGACCUUUUCGUGGCGAAGAGCCACGAGCCAGUUUCAGGUCCGGGUGGACCAAUGCUUCUUCGAGUAUACUGGAAACCAGCGGUACCGAAAGAAGCAGUAUUGCCACCGCACGGAGCUCCAUUGCCAGUGAUCGGCAAAAUAGCCUCUACUCUAGAGAUCCAUCAAGAGAUCGGCUUCGGGACCGUGACGGCUCACCAGAGACUGUCCAGACUUCCGAAAUCGCCGAGGAAGAUGAAUACGUAGACCCUGUCGGCGACGUGCUGGAUUCCUACUACUACGACGAGGAGGAUGAAGAGCGCAGUCCUAUCAUCGAGCAGGGUGAACGAGACUUGCAGAGCUCUUCGCCAGCAGGUCUUGACUUGGAGCCUCCUGAGCUAUCGCAGACGCCAUCUCGCGAUUUUGAUUCAUUAGAUUCCUUCCAAUCGAACGAGAGCCUAAAGCAAUGGGAUGACCGGCCACGCUUGUCAAUGCACGGUAGACUAGGACCUCAUGCGGACUCGAAGGAGCUGUUGACCAUUCGACCACCUUCUGGAUCAGAUCUGGAUGAGGGAUACAACGCGGAUCCGACCGAGCGGAAGGCGUUGCGUAUCGAACUAUUGCCCUCGGUACAAAUCAGUCCAUUCCAGGCCGCAUACACACCACGAACGAUCCAAGCUGUAGUGCAGCAGUCCAAAAAGAGGCAGUCAGGCACAGUAAAACGGACAAGUAAAGAAGCACCUAGGCGUGUGUCCGUUACACUGCAAGCUCUGGCACUCAGGACCACGGAAACCAAGGGACACCACUUAAGGAAAUCCAAUGGCAGCCGCUCACAGCUCGAUCACAUUCGCCGUGAUAUAUCCGGACUUCCACAAUUGCCGCCGAGCCGAUCUCGACUUUCACGCCAGGAUUGGGCUAAUAUUGAAGCCUACUCCAAGCGUCAUAGCAAAAGACCAAGCGUUCCGCGUACCUUUUCCAAUGAAUCCCUGGCUAGUUCCCACAAUCCUCAAUCUCCGCCUAUGCAAAGAUCUGAGCCGCUCCCCGAGCUGGAUGAGGACGAGGCGAUUCCCCGUCGCGCUUCUACGAGCGUGUUCGACCGGAAGAGCGCGUUGUUCGAUCUUGGCAUGAUGUCUCAACUUACAACGACCAAGAGCAAGCCUGAGACUCCGAGAGGCCCUACGUUGGCGCCUCCCAACCAGCACAUCACGACCGUAGUAACACCUGGCCUGCGGAAGACGGCCGCCCCUGUAGAGAGAGACCGCUAUGGAUUCAAGAAGGCUUCCGAUAAGAUCAAUGUUCAAGAGUACAACGCAUGGGCUUCCAAGUACGAAGAGCACAUCUCCCGCCGCAGAGGCAAAUGGAUCUCCCUAAUGGCCAAGCAAGGUUUGUCAACAAAUGAGCCAACCAGGUUUCCGGAGAUGUGCGAAAAGGUCAAACGCUAUGCUCGUAAAGGAUACCCCCCGGAGUGGAGAGGUGCAAUGUGGUGGUUCUAUUCUGGUGGUCAGCACAUGAUUACACAAAAAGAGAAUGUCGGCCUGUACAAGUCUCUAGUAGCUCGCGUCAACCAAGACGAGCUCAACAAGGACGACAAGGAUGCUAUUGAACGAGAUCUUGACAGAACGUUCCCCGACAACAUCCACUUCCGCCCGGAACCAGCAACUGAUCUACUCGACGGCGAAUCCGACGACGAGCCGGCAUUGAUCCAAGACCUGCGCGAGGUACUCUCUUGCUUUGCCCUGAACAACCCUAACAUCGGUUACUGCCAGUCUCUCAACUUCAUUGCUGGUCUUCUUCUGUUGUUCCUCAAGCAGGACAAGGAGAAGGUUUUCAUCCUUCUUACAAUCAUCACGCAAAAUCAUCUCCCUGGUGCUCAUGCUCGCAGCCUCGCCAACACAGAAGUCAAUGUUCUUAUGAUGUUGAUCAAGGAUUACCUGCCAAAGGUGUGGGCUUCAAUCAACGACACCGAUCUCAUCAACAGCGGCGCCGGCUCGAACGCUCAUCCCAACUCGAAGUUCCAACGACAACCGACAGUCGCCCUCUCUUGCACUUCUUGGUUCAUGAGCAUCUUCGUGGGUGUACUGCCGAUCGAGACCGUACUUCGCGUUUGGGACGCCUUUCUCUAUGAGGGACCCCGUGCCCUCUACCGCUACGCUCUUGCCAUCUUCAAGCUUGGUGAACCAGAAAUCAAGAAAUACCGUCCCGGUGAUGGCGAGAUUUUCAUGGCAGUGCAGACGCUACCCAGGCGCUGCCUUGACCCCAACAUAUUGCACGACCUGGCGUUCGUAAAGAAGGGGUUCGGGAAUUUGUCCCAGAAUGUCAUUGACCAAAAGCGCAUGUUCUGGCGUGAACAGAACAUUAUGGCGCACCAAACUUCUGUAAAGAACACGAACGGUCGAAGAUUGCUCGCCGUACCACAGGAGGAUGAAGAAGACGGAGACAGGGAUAGCCUCAGGAAGGCUAUGGGCAUGAACGGUCUACGCCGUCGUGCAUCCCGCAAGUUCCGCAAAAUGGGCAUAAAGUGA